CAUUCCUUAUGUCACAUUGAAAAGUGACAACACCGUGAGUGACUUGUACAAAUUGAAGUAUUAAGAUUCAGUAACAUGGCGUCAUACUAUGAUGAACACGAUUGUGUGCCACUGGGAGAAGGAGAGGGGCCAAAUCAUUUAUUACAUUUAGCGAGGUUAUUAAUGGAUAUGGGAUUAACAGAAGAAUUUGAAAGUUUAUUCCAACAAGAAAGGACAGCCCCACCAGCCUCCAAAAAAGCAGUGGAAGGGUUACCCACAUGUUACGUUAAAGUUGAUGAAGCAGGUGAUCUUAAAUGCCCAAUCUGCCUUGUGCCAUAUGAUGAAGCUGAAGCCACAAAACAGUUACCAUGCCAACACAAAUUUCAUCCCGAAUGCAUAUUGCCAUGGUUACAAAAAACCAACUCUUGUCCAGUAUGUAGAUAUGAACUUCCCACUGAUGAUCCACACUACGAAGAACUAAAGAAACACAAGGCCAGACAGAAACAAAGGGAACAUGAUCUAGAAACCCUUCAUGACUCAAUGUUUGGAUAGAACAUGAGACAGUGGGGCACUGCUCUUCGUACCUCAUUCAGAAUGCCACUGUU